GUUUGGUGUACACGUAUACCUUUUGUCUUUAUUUGGCAAGCAUGGAUAAAUAGGAUUCCGGAAAACAUAAGAAUUCAUCCGACUCGAGUUUUUUUUUUCUUUAUGAUUCGUCGUUCUUUAUCUGUAUUUAUACCCACUACUGUGUUUCUUUCAAUGACACCCAAGGUGUACUCGGAAACUAAGAAACCACAUCAUGAUAACAAUAGGUUCAAGAAUCCUUGGGCUUCAUUUACUCCUUUUGGCUUAGGUUCUGUGGCUAAAAUGUUUUAUACAAUGGACAUAAGUGGAACAGAAAAAAGAAUUCGUGCUGUAGAUUUACCUGAAAAAGUAAGCGUGGAUUGGGAUUUGCUCAAGAAACAACAACAACAGCAAAAGAAUGAUAUUAUCGCUACUUGGUUGGGACAUGCCUGUAUACUUGUACAGAUCAAAGGAUUCAAUAUCUUGUUUGAUCCCAUCUUUUCACAAAGGUGUGCUCCUGUACAAUUUAUGGGGCCUAAACGAUACACUGAAGCACCGUGUCAAUUAGAUCAAUUGCCCAAGAUUGAUGCUGUUGUUAUUUCUCAUAACCAUUAUGACCAUAUGGAUCAAAAUACGCUGCAUGAAAUUGAUAAAUUAUACCCUGAUUGUAAAUUUUGUGUGCCUUUAGGUAACAAGAAAUUAUUGGACCUAUCAAGUCAAGUAGACAGUCAAGGAAACGAUCGUAUUAUUGAACUGGAUUGGUGGGAUAGUGUCGUGUUAAAAAAGCAAUUGGAAAAAGAACAGGAUUCAGAGAUCAGAUUUACAUGUACACCUAGUCAACAUCAAUCUGGAAGAGGGUUGUUUGACAAAGACAAGUCACUUUGGGCAUCUUGGUGUGUAGAAGGAUUAAACAAGGAUACAACAGUCAGUGGAAAAGUGUUUUUCGCAGGUGAUACGGGUUACCGUUCAAUUCCUGCUACUACUAAACCUGAAGAGGAAUACAAUUACGAAUAUCUAGAUACACUUCCUCAUUGUCCUGCUUUCAAAGAAAUUGGAGAUAAAAUAGGUCCUUUUGAUUUGGCAUGCAUACCCAUUGGUGCUUAUUCGCCUCGAUGGUUUAUGUCCGCUGUCCAUUGCUCUCCUGAAGACGCUGUGGAUCUUCAUAAAGAUGUCAAGAGCAAACAUUCAGUAAGUCUUGAUAUUCGACAAACAAUCUACUAAAUUAAAUAUCAGAUUGCUAUUCAUUGGGGCACUUAUGUCCUUACAGACGAAGCAGUACAAGACCCACCAAAGCGUCUAGAAUCUGCCUUGAUUCAACGUGGACUUGAUAAAACGGAUUUUAGUGUUCUCCCAUUGGGUGGAAGUUUCACUACGACCACGGCAUGAUUUGUUAUUUGAUGACACUUGUUCUUUUUUUUUAAAAAAAAAAAAUUCCUUUUUAUUUCUUAUAUUUUCCUUUUUGCUUUCUUUAUCAUGAACGAUACACUAGGC